CCCAGGCAUCGCUUCUUUCCACGAAGAUUUAAUAUCAUAAAAGCAAAAAAAAACAAAAAAAAAACCCAAACGAAAAAUGAAUGUGAUUGCACUGUUACUCACCUCCUUGACUCUCUCUGGGAAAACGCAGCGAGUGAGUGGACUCCGGGACGAUUACACGUCCAACUACUACGAUGAAGAGAAAGGCGAGGUCAUCGAUUACAGAGACCCUUGCAAAGCUGUUGCGUUUUGGGGCGAUAUUGCCUUAGAUGAAGAAGACUUGGAACUCUUUCAGAUUGACAGGACAAUUGAUUUAUCAAGACACACUUUGGACAGAAUUGGACACACAACAGGUGGAUUAGGAGAACAUAGAGUCUAUAAGAAAGGAGCUGUUUAUGAACUUAUCGAUAGGAUACGAAGAUUGGGAGCAGUUGCAGAUAGUGAGCUGAAUAACACAGAUAGAGAAAUGAACUCAGAAGCCUUAAAACAGACAGAGAAGAAAAGAAUUCCCCGAGCUGCAACUUCGCGAGCGGAGAGAAUAUGGCCUGGAGGUGUCAUUCCAUAUGUUAUUGGAGGGAAUUUUACUGGCAGUCAGCGAGCUAUGUUCAAACAGGCCAUGCGGCACUGGGAAAAGCACACGUGUGUUACAUUCAUCGAACGAACAGAAGAAGAAAGUUACAUUGUCUUCACGUACCGGCCAUGUGGGUGCUGCUCCUAUGUGGGUAGACGUGGAAAUGGUCCUCAAGCUAUAUCCAUAGGCAAAAACUGUGACAAGUUUGGGAUUGUGGUCCAUGAAUUAGGGCACGUGAUUGGGUUUUGGCAUGAACACACAAGACCAGACCGAGAUGAUCAUGUAACUAUCAUUCGAGAAAACAUCCAGCCUGGCCAGGAGUACAACUUCCUCAAGAUGGAACCUGGUGAAGUGAACUCCCUCGGGGAGUCAUACGACUUUGACAGUAUUAUGCACUACGCUAGGAACACCUUCUCAAGAGGAAUGUUUCUGGACACCAUUCUGCCUGAACGUGACGAAAAUGGUGUAAGACCUGCCAUUGGCCAACGUACACGUUUAAGUAAAGGAGACAUUGCACAGGCAAGGAAGCUGUAUAGAUGUCCAGCGUGUGGGGAAACACUCCAAGACUCGACCAGUAAUUUCACGUCACCAGGAUUUCCGAAUGGAUACCCCUCUUACACACAUUGUGUUUGGAGAAUCUCUGUUACACCUGGUGAAAAGAUUGUGUUAAAUUUUACCACCAUGGAUCUUUUCAAGAGCCGCCUGUGCUGGUAUGACUACAUAGAAGUACGAGAUGGCUAUUGGAGAAAGGCACCGCUUCUUGGCAGAUACUGUGGUGAUAAAUUGCCUGAAGUCCUGAUUUCCACUGACAGUAGAAUGUGGAUAGAAUUUCGAAGCAGCAGUAACUGGGUGGGAAAAGGUUUUGCAGCAGUCUAUGAAGCAAUCUGUGGAGGUGAGAUCCACAAAGAAUCCGGGCAGAUUCAGUCUCCUAACUAUCCAGAUGACUACAGACCGAUGAAGGAGUGUGUAUGGAAGAUCACCAUGUCUGAGCAUUACCAUGUAGGAUUAAUUUUCCAGGCAUUUGAGAUUGAGAGACAUGACAAUUGUGCCUAUGACUAUCUAGAAGUACGAGAUGGCAGCAGUGAAAAUAGUCCUAUGAUUGGGCGCUUCUGUGGCUACGACAAACCAGAGGACAUAAAAUCCACGUCUAAUACCUUGUGGAUGAAGUUUGUUUCCGAUGGAACAGUUAAUAAAGCAGGAUUUGCUGCAAAUUUCUUUAAAGAGGAGGAUGAAUGUGCCAGGCCUGACAACGGAGGUUGCGAGCAACGAUGUUUGAACACUUUGGGCAGUUAUAAAUGCACUUGCGAUCCAGGCUACGAGCUUGCAGCAGACAAGAAGAGCUGUGAAGCUGCAUGCGGAGGACUCCUAACCAAGUUAAAUGGAACGAUCACCACACCAGGCUGGCCUAAAGAAUACCCUCCAAAUAAAAACUGUGUGUGGCAGGUUGUGGCUCCGACCCAAUACAGAAUCUCGAUGCAGUUUGAAUUUUUUGAAUUAGAAGGCAAUGACAUAUGCAAGUACGAUUAUGUGGAGAUCCGGAGUGGCCUUUCAUCCGAUUCCAAGCUUCAUGGCAAGUUUUGCGGUACGGAAGUGCCUGAAGUUAUAACAUCCCGAUACAACAACAUGAGGAUCGAGUUCAAAUCAGACAAUACUGUUUCAAAAAAAGGAUUCAAAGCCCACUUUCUUUCAGACAAGGAUGAGUGCUCCAAGGACAACGGUGGCUGCCAACACGAGUGCAUCAACACCAUAGGAAGUUAUGUUUGCCAGUGUCGUAAUGGAUUUGUGCUACAUGAAAACAAACACGACUGCAAAGAGGCUGAAUGUGAGCACCAGAUCCACAGUGCUACAGGGGUCAUUACCAGCCCCAACUGGCCCGAUAAAUACCCCAGCCGCAAAGAAUGCACGUGGGAGAUCUUAGCUACCCCAGGGCACAGGGUGAAAAUAACUUUCAACGAGUUUGACAUUGAACAACACCAGGAAUGUGCUUACGAUCAUCUGGAAGUGUUUGACGGAGAGUCUGAUAAAUAUCCAAUUCUGGGGCGAUUCUGUGGCAGCAAAAUGCCAGAUCCAGUCCUCUCGACCACAAACAAAAUGUUCAUUGGAUUCAUUUCGGAUGCAUCGGUACAAAGGAAAGGUUUCCAGGCUACCCACUCCACAGAAUGUGGUGGCAGACUGAAGGCUGAAAUCAAAUCUAAGGAUUUGUUUUCUCACGCUCAGUUUGGAGAUAACAACUACCCAGGCCAAGUGGACUGUGAGUGGCAGGUUUUAGCAGAAAAAGGCUACAGCGUGGAGCUCUCUUUUCAGACGUUUGAAGUGGAGGUGGAAGCUGACUGUGGCUAUGACUUUAUUGAACUGUUCGAUGGGUUUGAUACAACAGCUUCAAGACUUGGGCGGUUCUGUGGAUCUGGACCACCUGAGGAAAUCUAUUCAGCGGGAGAUGCCAUUUUAAUCCAUUUCCAUACUGAUGACACAAUAAACAAAAAAGGAUUCCAUAUACGAUAUACAAGUACAAAAUUCCAGGAUGCCAUACAGACCAAAAAGUAACCUGGAACUUCAACGCUGUUGCUUUUUUUUCCCUUCUUUUUUUUCAAACAAAGGCAAAAUAACCUAAAACUAUUUUACGGUAACAGUACAGCAAGGAAAUGAAGAAAAAGUACGUGUUCAAUUGAACUGUGUGUGUGUGUAGAUAGUGUGUGUGUGUGUGUGUGUGAAGGUUACAAAUCCUGGUGGAGAUUUCAGUGAGGUGCAGCUUAUAGCUAAUCUGGGAAUGAAGCUGCAGAGCUGGAAGCCUGCAUGAUGAAGCUACAAAGUUGUCUCCUGGUUUGAUGUUUGUCACUAAUGACUGCAGAUGUGAUCAGUUCCACUCAGUGGGGUUGCUCCUAUGCAAGCCUACACUCAGCUACCUGCUAUGUCCAUGGGAAUGAGCCACAUCAAACCAUGAUCGAUUUCGCUGAGCAUCGUUCACAGAUGUUUCGUCUGACAUACAAAGAAGGAACGAUGCAUUCAAAUUUACUGUCCUUUGUGUAUUUGUGGUUUAACUGAUAAUCUGAAUGCAAACCAUUUACUGCAUAAUUUAUGAAGGUUUGUACUUUUUUUAAAAAAUGUUUUUUUCGCAGUGUCUGUAUUAUCUGUGAUCAUGUCUUUCAGUUACAGGACUUCAUUCUGAUGAGCACUCUAGCAGACUAUGAAUUCCCUCAAUACCAAAAAUAGGUUAAGAGCAUUAGACAUCCUGAUGCAUUUCCUAUAUUUUGCUGUCAGAAUGUGCCAGGAUAGUGUUUAAGUGUUGGUAGUUUGCACUUAGAGUGAUAACAAGAAGUCUGCCUUCAAGCUCUAUGUAUUGUAAGCUUCUCCGGUCUGUAUUAUGUAAAUCACCUGAAAUUGUAAGCAUAUUGAAUUGUAUGUGUAUGAGGUAGAUUAAUAGAUAACCAUACAACUAUAGUGUUUCUCAGACAGAAUGAGCAAAAUGGUCACAGACGUUUAAAGAAAAUGACAACUGCAAUUCCUCAACAGUGCAGUUCUCGCUGUUUUGAGUGAAGAAAAAAAAUAACUAAUUAAACUGGUGAUCAUUUCAAAGUGCUGCAAUUUUCAGUGGGAGACCAGAAUGAUAUGCAUAACCCAUCUUUACCACUAUUCAAGUUCAACUCCCUUGGACACUGGGAUGUCUUCUAAAACUGUGGUCUAACUGGAACCGGGUGAAAGACUUACAUCUCCGAACAGAUGAAGAGAUGGAAAAGGCCACAGAAAAUAUGAUGUUAAGCAGAUUUCUUAUGGUGCUAUUCCACAUUCAAAAUCAUUUUAGGUUUAAUGAGCCAACAAUCUAUAGAACCUGUAUGAAUGUCAAACUAUUUCAGGCAUAAACAGAAGGACAAUGAAUAAUAUCAGCUUGAACAUCGGAUGAAGUUCCCAUUGCUAUCAAAGCACAAGUCCUGUGGAGACUGUGAAACAAAUAAUGCCUUAGAGUGAAUCAUUGUAAAUUCUUGCACAUGACAAAUCUUUCUGCAAAAUGAAACUUUGACUACUUAUUUCAAAAUAAUUUGACAACUUGAACAUUUUUCUUGUCAUUUUUUGCCAUGUAAAAAGAAGUCCACAUCGUUGGAGUGUUUAAGAUAUACAGGAAUAAAAUGAUUUAAUGUAGGUUAUGUUUAGAAAUCUUUAGCAACCUGUUUCUAAAACUGCUGAAACAGUUUAGGUGGUGGUUCAAUGUCAAACACUUUUUUUCACAUUGCACCAAAUGAACCACAAUACUGGAGGUUUAGUUAUAACACAUAUGCAUUAUUCUGUAUUAAUUUACAAAGGCAUUGUAAGGCAAGGUGAAACUUUGUAGUAUGGCUGAAUGGUGAAAUUGUUACUGUAUGUGCCAAGUUCCAUUUGAACCUGUUUUGCUAUAGCUUGUUUGUUCUUUAUUUUUUCGCUAUUUGUUUAUAACCUGACCAUUGAGGCUUCUGAAGCUUCUCAUUAAAAUUCUUUCAGGUCAAGAUUCAAGAGUAAAACAAAACCUCAUUGCAAGAAAUAUUAUUUUGCAAUGUUUUUGACACAUUAGAUUGCUACCUAAGUUAGCACUAAUUAAUCUAUUUGUAUCUGUAUUAUAUCCUAAGUCAUGAAAACAUCGCUAGCACUAAUAAAUAUGUUUUUACA